GUUCUCGCGGUCGACCUCCUCAACCCUACUCCUCAGGCUGAGGCUCGCAAGCACAAGCUUAAGACCCUUGUGCCUGCUCCCCGUUCCUUCUUCAUGGACGUCAAGUGCCCCGGCUGCUUCACCAUCACCACCGUCUUCUCCCAUGCCCAGACCGUCGUCGUCUGCGCCGGCUGCUCGACCGUCCUUUGCCAGCCCACCGGUGGCAAGGCCAGACUCACUGAGGGCUGCUCCUUCCGGAGGAAGUAA